AUGAAUCUGAUGUUCCGGAAGAACUUCAGUGGGGAGAAGGCGAGCGGCGGGGGGGGCGGCGGCGGGGGCAAGGCGAAGGGGGCUCUCGGCGCUGGCAGGAACGCGAAGCGGCGUGACCGCGACAGAUUCUCCUGCAUGGAAGAACACCACUACAGGACCCACCUUUUCUUCUCGGCGCCAAGGUCCAGCGCGCAGUAUAACGACGGCUCAGAAGCCGCCAAGCGUUAUACUGAGAGGUCACCGAACGUUCCAGAGAGAUGCGGGCCGGUGCUAGGCGGCAUGACGGGCAGCGACCCGGAGCCGCCGCAGCCGCUCGUCAACAGGGAGCCGUCGGUGUCGCUGAUGCGGUGGGAGCGGCCGGCGACGGAGCGCAGGCGCACCGAGCCGGUGUCCCUGGCAACACUCGAGAGGGACUGCUUCGUCAUACCGGCGCACGCGCUUGACAGGUUCCUGCCAGAGGGCGUGCCGUUGCCAGUGCCACCGCCAACGCCAGAAAAGGGCCCAGCGACCAAAGCGCAGAACUCGCUCAGCAUCCUCGAGAUAGCGGACCCGAAGCUGUGCAUACUAGCGCACCUAAUGAGCCCGCUGGAGCCGAUAGAGCCGAUAUUAGAGUCGCCGCUAGCGAAGCCGCUGAUGAAACAGAGGACAGCUGCCAGCGAACUGCUGAGCGACGUGGCACAAGCGAACACGGCGGUCGGCGGGAUGCUGUUGGCGAACAUGGAGAAGAACUCCGAAUUCCCGUUCAUAUCGUACUACGUGAUAAACACGACGCAGACCGACCCGCUGAUGUUCUACAACAACCUGAGGGGCGCGUCCCUGACGAAGUUCGACCCGAAGACGAUAAGGUACUCGGCGGCCCACACGCUGGACCUGUACAGCGAGGUGGCGAUGAUAUGCCGGCCCCCGUUCAACGACUUGGCCGGCGGGCCGAAGAAAUCGCACACGCCUACCACCGGCUUCAUUAUAAGCGUUUAUAAGGUGUUCGAAGGCGACGACGGGGAGCGCUUCGAGAGGAACUGGCUGUACUGGACCGGGGCGCGGAUGCUGUACAGGCAUCUGCCGCACACGGUGGGCAUGAGGAAGAUAGCGCUCCACAAGUCGGUGGCGACGCACGGCGACAAGAUGUACCUGUUGGUGUGCGAGUGCGCCAACUUGUUGGACGACUUGUCCGGCGCCGCCAUGCUGGUCACCGCUCUGAGGGCGCGACUCUGCGGCUACACGGGACUCUACAAGCCGAUACAGACGUUC